AUGAUGGUAGGGCAGGUGGUAAGCUGCGCCGCCGCUACCACAAGCACUGGCAGCCCGAUGUCCGUCACCGCUCGACUUGCGGCAGCGGCGGAGGCUCGUGCAGCCGCAUCACGCGCACGCUUUGGCAUCUUCGAGAACAACGCAAAUGACACUGCACGCCAGCUGCUCUUCCGUGGCGAGAAGCGGCGGCGUUACUGCGUCAUCGUCGGUGACCUGCAAAACAACACCCGCCAAGUGACGCUGAAGCUCUUUGGCCACAAGGGCGCCAAGCCGUUCAAGCUGCAGAACAAGCUGAUUCGCCUGGUGAACUUGUCCAUCGGCAAGCCGCGUCGCGGAACGCUGCAGUGGCGCGUCGCGCACGGUCUCCUGGAUGACGACGAUGUGGAGGGGCAGCAACCGGGGGAGGAGCAGCGCACGGAUAGCGACGAAGAAGAGGAGCAACCGCGUGAGCAGGACGAAAGUACUGCGGACAGCGACGCGGUGAGCACUGUCGAUGACGACGACAAUGACAUGGACAGGGACGGCGAGGAUGCCGCUGCUGCUGCUGCUACGACGGACGGAAAGGGCGGCAACGACGGUGCAACGCCGACGACAGAGGCGCAAGGCCGCGACGCGGCAUAUGCCACGCCCGCAGCCGCCUUGAGCGCGCUCAACGGCAACACCCCGCCUCCGCAGGCGAUGGACUCCACACAGACGGCCGCAGAGCGCGCCUUUCAGAAUCAGACACACGCGGCGGCCGGGUUCGACGUGGAGGAGAUCGUCCCCUUCUCUUCUUCCUCCUCUUGCGAGGGCGACGACAGCGAGGCGCGCCAGGAGGCGCGACAGCGCAAGUCCAUCGCGUUGGCGGAGGCAGCGGGCGCUAUCGAGCGCGCCGCCGCAGCGGUGCCGAUUCCAGAAAGCAACAGCGAUGACGAUGGCGAGGAUAAAGGGUUGAAGGUGAUUGCCGCCCCAACCCCUCUUGGCGGCGGAGGCCCUCACGUCCUGGCGUCGCCGCUUGCUUUAGCUUCUGAUGUCGUAAAGACGAGUGCCACGACUGGUGGCAAUCGUGGUGCUGGCAACGCAUCGGCCGCCGCAGCACAUGCGGACCCCAUAGCACCAGCGCCUGCUGCGACCUCCACUGAGGCUGCUGCGACGGCAGUGAAACGCCAUGCUGGCAGCCUGGACCACCACUCAAAGGGCGCCGAGGCGGAGGGCGAGGAUGUAGACCACUACUUGGAUAACGACGACGAGGUGGUGCCCCUCACGGUGCAGCAGGCAGGCGCAGGAGCCACCGUCAUGUAUGAGACGAGCCUCGCCAACAGCCCAGUGUUGACGGCGAAGCGCUUUGCCUCACUGCGCGACUACUUCCUGCGCGAGUUCCGAUUCCUGCUCAGUCUCGAGGAUGUCCGCUCGCAGAACGUGUCGGUGAAGAUAAACCUCGGCGCUGCCUACUGCUGCCUCGCCCGCCAGGGCUCCUACUCCACUCCGCUGAAGCACGCUACCUUUGGUGAGUUUGUCGAGCGCAUGAACACGGAGUCGAUGCAGCUGUAUUUCAUCAAGGACUGCCCUGCCUGCGUGUCUCGGGCGGUGGACAUGGAGAGCGGCUCGCUGCACUUCCCGGCCAGCUCGACGACGGUGAAGAUCAACUUCUUCUCGAACGAGCGCCAGAGCCGCUCCAUCGCGCGGGCGGUGUGGGACAGUGAUGCGGACCAGUUCCGCCUGCUCGAUGUCGAGAACAUCGGCGUCACCUUCAACUGGUCCGUCUUCUCCCUCGACGAGACGUUUGUGCGCCGCAAGAACGAGGUGCACGCAGCGGCGGCGGAGGGCAGCGGCAUGGGCAGCACCGGCGCUCCCGGUACGGCAAUCGUCAGCCCGCGUGCUGCGCCUGCGCCAGCACCGGCUGUCGGGGCAGGAAGCGCUUCUGCGGCUGCGACAGAAGCACCUCCGCUGCUGCCAGUCCCUACGGCAAACAAGGUGCGGGUGGGGCCCGCCCCUGUCGCCAUCGGCGUGGACCCUGACCGUCCCUUUCAAAAUACGAGCGUGCUAGAGGCGAAGGAGGCGGGUACAGAGGACGAGGCAAGUGCAGAAACGGUAGCGCCGGCGGCAGAGGAGGCGAAGAGCUCCUACAAGACUCCCAUCGACGAUGACGAGGAUGACCUGGCGCGUAACAAGACUGUUGCUUACCCCUUCGAGGUGGAGUUUCGCGCCUACCGCCGCUGGAAGCAGCAAGGCGACAACCCUGCGGCACCUCUCGCCAAAGCAAUUCUGGAAGAGCUGUCGCUGGCCGAGCACAACUACCUCAUCCACGGCUCGACAGCCAUGUACGAGCGCAUGGACCUGACGAACGUCUGCGAGGUCGACUACGCCGCAGAGGACCUCAAUGUGGAGAGCAUCGUGGUGGAGCACACGUCGCGCGUGAAGCCGGAGGGGACGGACCUCCUCGUGGACAACACUACAUCGCUCUUCAUCGAGAAUUUCGCGGCGGCACGCCAGCUGAAGGAGAAAGUGACGACCUACGGCCCCAUCAAGGUCGCGGCGAUGCAGAACCCUAGCAACAACAACUUUAUGCGUAGCGUCACGGCAGCCCGGCGGGCCGCCGGUCGUGGCGGUGGUCACGGAGCGCGUGAUGCACUGCACCUGACCCCAGCUGAGAUGGCGGAGGUGCUGAAGCCGACCUCGAAGCUGACGUUUUUCCGCUCGCGCGGGUCGACGAUUCACUGGAAGCUGCGUCCCAACAGCAGCCUGGAGGAGAACAUUGCCCCAAUGACGGAGGCCCUCUCCUUUUUGCAGCAGGUGCUCCACACAGCGAACGAAAUCGAGCGCAAUUCAGCACGCGGUGGUGCCGCACCAGACGCACUUUAA